GUAGUGCUUCCUCUUCAUUUCCAUGGCGACCGAGGAGGUGGCGGUGGUUGCGGCUCGGCGGAAAGCUCUCUCCUUGUCUCGGCUCCGGGCUGCUCGGUCUCGCUACCAGAGCCUACACAUCUCCGAUGAUGUGUUCGGGGAGUCGGGUGGCGACAGCAGCAGCGAUGACAACCCGUUUUAUAGCACCUCGGCUGGGAGUUCGCAGUCCGACUGUGGAGGGGGGGAGGAAGAGGGGGAUGUGAUGUUGCGGGAGGCGGGGACCGGGGGCAGAAGGCCCGACAUCACCGGACAACCCAGCUCAGAGUCGGGAGAUGGAGAGGAAUCGGCUGCAGGAUGGACCGAGCGGCUGAAGGACGUCGUGUUCCCUCCGCACGUCGAAUCGGCGGGUCCCGUGCAUCAGAUGCCACUAAAUGCAAGUGCAAUUGACUUCUUUCAGCUCUUUGUCCCUGAUAAUGUUAUAAGGAAUAUGGUUGUUCAAACAAAUAUGUAUGCCAAAAAGUACCAAGAAAGAUUUGGUUGUGAUGAAGGUUGGAGUGAUGUUGAUCUUCCAGAGAUGAAAACCUUUUUGGGAUAUAUGAUCUCCACGAGCAUUCACCACUGCGAAUCUGUCCUCAGCAUAUGGAGCGGUGGGUUUUACAGCAACAAGAGCAUUGCACUGAUGAUGACACAAAUGAGGUUUGAAAAGAUCCUGAAGUACUUCCACAUUGUAGCAUUUCGCUCCAGCCAGACAACGCAUGGACUGUAUAAAAUCCAACCUUUUUUGGAUUGCUUACAAAUGACAUUUGAUACUGCAUUCAAGCCAUCUCAAACACAGGUACUGCAUGAACCAUUAAUUGAUGAAGAUCCACUCUUCAUUGCCACGUGUACAGACCGGGAAUUGCGCAAAAGGAAAAAGCGGAAGUUUAGUCUUUGGGUCAGGCAAUGUGCAGCAACAGGCUACAUCUGUCAGGUUUAUGUUAAUUUGAAGGAAGGAACAGCCUCAGAUGGACUGGAUACAUUGAAGAACAGGCCACAACUCCACAGUCUUGUGGCUAAAAGUCUUUGUCAGAAUUUGGCUGGAAAAAACUACAUCAUAUAUACUGGACCCAGCAUAACUAGCCUAAAUCUUUUUGAAGAGUUUGAGAAAAAAGGUAUUUAUUGUUGUGGACUUCUCAGCUCCAGGAAGAGUGACUGUACAGGACUACCACAGUCGAUGCUAGUGAACCCUGAGAUUCCACAGGCUCGGGGCCAGUACAGGGUGAGAAUGAAAGGAAACAUGUCCCUAAUAAGCUGGUCCAACAAAGGGCAGUUCUACUUUCUCACAAAUGCUUACUCUCCAUUUAAAGAAGGUGUCAUAAUUAGAAGGAAGAGUGGAGAGAUUCGCUGUCCUUUAGCAGUAGAAGCUUUUGCUGCUCACCUUGGCUAUAUCUGCAAAUAUGAUGAUAAGUACAGCAAGUACUUUAUAUCCCACAAAGCUAACAAGACCUGGCAGCAAGUGUUCUGGUUUGUUCUCAGUAUUGCUGUCAAUAAUUCAUACAUCUUGUACAAGAUGUCAGAAGCAUAUCUUGUCAGGCGCUACACACGGGUACAAUUUGGUGAAAGACUGGUCAAAGAGUUGCUUGGAAUUGAGGAACAUCUGCCCUUGGAAUAAUAACACUGGCAGCACAGGUGCCAAGGUCAAAAUUGUUGCACUGCAUUCACAGGGCUAAACUACAUCUCUCACUCUUAUUGUAACCAUUAAAAAAUAUUCUCACUGUCCAGCUUUUCCUUGGAAUUUGCAGCAAGUACAUUCUUUAACUCCCAGUUCUGCCAUGGAGCAGUCAGGCCAACUGAAGACCACAACACACUAUUUGCAAGGAAUCUAGAGACUGGUAUUGCCAUUCAAAACAACCUUGAAAAUCCAAAUGUCACUUACUUUUUGAAGUAAGUACAUCUGCAAAAUUGAAUGAAUAGUGUUCAACUUGAACACAACUGGAACAACUGCAUAAUCUUUAAAUUGUGGUCUAAAUAUGGCAUUUUUAUAUACAUGGAGAGGUAAAAUGUACACUUUUUAUAUUCAAAUUGUACACCUGUGGGAAAGUAACAUCAUUGCAAGGAAUCUUGUAAUUUUCUUUUUGCAAAAGUAAAAAACUUAAUGACUAAUUAUUCAUAAUUUACACUUUCAUUAUUGUUCCAUAAUACACCAGCACCUAAAUUCACACUCAUUGUGCAAUCUAAAAGCCCUGUAUAGAUAUUUAUAACAAAGACUUAUUAUGCAUUCUGAAUGUUUACAUUGAACUAGCUAUUAUAUCACGUUCUGAAUUCAGUCUGUGGGAUGUACUGCAUUUACUGGAUGCUGCACCAAUCAAAUUGUUUAUUCACUGUUCUUAAUCACUGCAAAGAAUUAGAAGUUGUUGCUUAGAAUGCUAAAUUCCUAGGACACUACAUGGAGGUAGUUUACAACAAAAUAAGAUACACCUUUUUGGUGUUAGGAUUGUCGAAGCUCAGUUGGUCAGCUCGGCAAAGCAGUUAGAUGCAUCAGGAUUAUGAUGAUAGGAUGUGCAAUUGUGCUGAUACAAUGGAUGCGUUACCUUGAAGAAAUAUUUCUACAAGUGUCUUGCAAGCUUUACAGUAGGAUGAUUUGACACUAGAGUGGAAUGUAUCCAUAAAUGAACUGUAUAAUUAUAAAAGAGAUGAAGGGUAUUGUGCAAUUCUAAAUCUGAUUUGGACACAGCAUGCAGAGUUACUGUCCGCUUUCAUGUGGGGUCCAUGUUCUGUUUUUUUUUAUUUUCAUCAAGCAAUGUGUGUCUCAAAAGUGCCCUGUAUAUUAAAAAUGUUGUAUUUAAAAUAUAAAGAUGUAUGUUAUGAUUUACAAUAAAGUGAUCCUGGAAAAUUGUA